AUGUGGCUCAUUCAUACCACUCUCUUGACGCUCAUGGGGUUUCAAGGCGAUCCCCAAGAAGACUAUGCGAUUUUGUCCCAUACAUGGGGCGAAGACAAAGUAACGUUCGCCGACUUUCGGGAGCAGAAAGUCUUAGCCUCGUCGGGCUACGCGAAGAUCAAGAAGGCAGCGGAACUCGCAAGAAGUCACUAUCUUCGCUUCUUGUGGGUCGACACCUGCUGCAUCGACAAAACUAGCAGUGCGGAGCUAUCUGAGUCCAUUAAUUCAAUGUACCGCUGGUACCGCAACGCUAGAUUCUGCAUUGCCUACCUCUCCGACGUAGAAGCGGCAACUCUAAGUGAGCUUUCUACUCAUGACUCCAACUUUCGGCGCAGUCGCUGGUUCACAAGAGGUUGGACGCUACAGGAGCUUGUGGCCCCGAAAACAGUCAUGUUCUAUGCCAAAGACUGGUCCUACCUAAUGGUGAAAGAACCAGUGCCCAGCAGCCAGGCAUCAUGCACUCUCCUAGCAGAGAUCACAGGCAUCAACCGGUCACUGAGUGACAUCAGCGUGGCAAAUCGAAUGAGGUGGGCUUCUUUUCGGAAGACGACACGCUCAGAAGACAUGGCAUACUGUCUUCUCGGACUCUUCAACGUCAAUAUGCCCCUCCUCUACGGCGAAGGGGACAGAGCAUUUGUCCGACUUCAAGAGGAAAUCUUGAAGGAGACUGAUGAUCAGUCAUUGUUCUUAUGGGCUUUAUCGCCCAAGGAAAGAACAAGCUCGGAUGACCUUUGUGGUCUUCUCGCUCAUUCCACGCGGCUCUUUUCAAUCGUAGACUUCGACUACGUCCGCCCGCUUCCUCCUACCCGAUCACAGGAAAGCGCACAUGUUAGCAUAACUAAUCAGGGACUCAGAUUACCAACAUCUAUGGGGAGCUUGCAUUGCACCGAGCCGCAGCAACGGGAAAUAUGGAAGAGGCCUUUGAUGCUAUGUGGUCCGCAAAUAAUGCAUCCUUGGACUCUGACGCUCCAUCACCCCUUGCGGAGGAUACAUCUGGCCGUUCCUUAG